UCGUCUACUUUGUUGCGUCUUUCUCCAUGUCUGUAAACCGACACACACACUGGGCUUGUAGCUGGAGGGUCUGGAUUAGCUGAACGCCCCCCUCUCUAAAGACUGCAGGGGAAGACCAGUCUCGUUAUUAGCCUGGGUGAAAACCCCGGAUCUCCAGUUCACUUCAGGGGCGGUUAUAUCUCGCUCUCUCAGGUGUGUCGCUGAGUGAGUGAGUGUGGUUUCUGACUCUACCUGUGUGUGGAUAUAUCGUCAUGUGAUCACUCAGUCAGUCAGUCAGUCAGUGUGUGUGAGGAGGGACGGCGCUCAGAGAGUUUCCUCGGAUUUAAAACACGGACUGAGCUGAGUCUCCUGCCGGCAGUUACUCGAGGAAAACACUGAUUUUCUGGAUCCGCGGGCAGUUCGGAGGCAGAAUGAUGUAGCUAAAGUUUUUCCUUCUCUUUUUUUGUACCUCGGAUGUUGAAAUAGAAGCUCAACACUUUCAGAGGAGAUUCAGAGGGGGCUUAUCGUUCGUGUGUUGAACUUUAUCCGUAAAGUGUGCGUGUGUCUGCUGCCCUGUCCAAGAGCACCAUCAGAGAGCAAUCGAAGGAGCGAGAGCAGGGAGAGGAGCGCGCAAAAAUGGCAUGGUGGUGUGUGGUGGCGCUCCUAAUGCUGCUGUGCAUGGACCACUCUUCCUGCGAUCAGCCACAUGCCCAGUUCUCCUCACAAACAGACAUCAACACAGUGGUGCAGGACCCGCUCACGGGCCGUAUUUACCUUGGCGCAGUCAACAACAUCUACCAGCUUGAUGCACGGCUGCAAAAGGAGAGUGCGUAUACGACCGGCCCGAGGAUGGACAAUCCCAGCUGCACCCCGCCCAUCACUAACCUGUGCACAGAAGCAAAGAAUAUGAAUAACAUCAACAAGCUCCUGCUGGUGAACCCGGACAGCAACACGCUGGUGGUGUGCGGCAGCAUCUUCAGAGGCAUCUGUUCUCUGCUGAACCUCAGCCACGUGGACGAUGUGAUUUACUUCAGCGAUUCAAAAGGCGAGAAGACUUACGUGGCCACCACCGAGGAGACUGUGUCUGUGGUGGGGGUGAUCUCCAGGUUUAAAAAGGGCGAGCCGGAACAGAACCUCACCGUCUUCCUGGUGGGUAAAGGUUAUGGUGGCUCGGACAGUUCCAAGCUGAUCAGCACGCGGCUGCUGCAGGACUACCAGGAGUUGGUGAGGUUUGAGAACGUGGUGGAGGCGUCUACAGUGCAGGCCAGCCCUUUUGUACACCGCUACCUGCACGACUUCCGCCAUGCCUUUAAAGACAGUGGCCACAUCUACUUCCUGUUUUCGCGCACGCCGGGCAGCAGCGACAGCCGCAAGAUCACGUUUGUUGCGCGGCUGUGCGAAAGCGACGACCACUACUAUUCCUACACCGAGCUGCAGCUGAACUGUAGCACCAACGGAGAGAACACCUACAACAAGGUGCAGGCAGCAUACCUGGGCACCCCCGGACGUGUUCUGGCUCAGAACCUCAGCUUGUCCAGUCCGUACGGAGAACUGAAAGCGAAUGAUAAGGUGCUUUUUGUGGUGUUCAGCUCUGAUGAGGACAGCUCAAUGUCAGCGCUCUGCAUGUACCCCCUCAGCAGCAUCAACCGCAGACUGGAGGAGGUGAUCGAGUCGUGCUACAGAGGAGAACUUCUGUCUGACGACAAACCCAAAUCUGUUUACUCACCUUACUCCUCCAAAACAGAGGCGAUUUGCAACACAAAGAGAGAGCAGAAAGACAUAAUGACGAAGUACCCGUGUGGAGCGGAAUUCUUGCCCUCGCCCCUGGCCAGUAAACCGGAGUACGCUCUGACCGUUAGCCCCGCGUACACCCGGAAAGGCAUGCUGACAGCGGUGGCUGUGGCCGUGGAGAAUGAAAACACUGUGGGCUUCCUGGGAACAAGCCAGGGGGAGGUGAUUAAGGUGCACCUGGGAACUCACUCUGAUGCCUAUAACAGGGUUCCAAUAGACGGUUCAGAUGGUCAAGUUAACAAAAACCUGUUUUUUGACUCCAGCUUGGAUCAUCUCUAUAUUACCACUUCCAAAACGAUCACUAAAGUUCCUGUGCAAGCGUGUGAACAGGAGACAAACUGUAACUCAUGUGUGAAGUUGCGGGAUCCGUACUGCGGCUGGUGUGUGCUGGAAGGCCGCUGCACCAGAAAGACAGAGUGCGGUCGAGGUGAGGAGAAGAACGGCUGGCUGUGGAGCCCUAACCAGCAGUGUGUAACCAUCCAGGCCUUCGAGCCACCCAACAUUAGCUGCAAGAAGACCACGCAGGUGAAGAUCACUGUAAGUGCCAUGCCAAGCAUAGUGAGCAAGCUGGAGUGUGUAUUCGGUGAUUUUCGUGCCGGUGCUUAUAUGAGCGACAAUGAUGUCUUCUGUGCUCUCCCAAACCCAGGGAGCAUCGAUCAGACACCUGAAACACAAGACUUUCUAGCUCUUCCUGUGAAGAUCAUGGUGAACAGGAAUAUUGAGGUGGCGGUCGGCGAGUACAAGUUCUACAACUGUGCUGCAGUCGUGAAGAGGGCAGCAAACACACCGUGCAUAUUGUGUGUGACCAGUGAGUGGGGCUGCCAGUGGAACAUGCAAGAUCACACCUGCAGCGAUGAAGACAGCACUGUGGACAGCACUAACAUCAUCAGGAACAGAGAGCAGGAGAAGUGUCCUCAGUUUGAGAAUGCAGAUCCUCUGCUGAUUCCUGUCGGCUACAAAACCCCAAUUCAAUUUGAAGGCAAAAACCUGGAGAAGUACAUGGGAAAGUCCUUUCAGAUUGGCACUGAGCUGAUGAAGCAGGUGGGCGAAGUGACUGUUAAGGGAUCAAAUUUCAGUUUUGAAGGCUAUGAGUUUGCAUACGACAAAAAGCCAGAGGUGAAUGUGACAUUCUAUGUGAAGGAAAAGGAGACCGAGAAGAAGAUUGACAGCACACUGCAGGUGGUGCUGUAUAAUUGUUCAGUGGGUCGUGAGGACUGCAGUCUGUGUAAGAACGCAGAUGAGAAGUAUGGCUGUGUGUGGUGUGCCACUACGCGCUCCUGCAUCUACAGAGAUCGCUGUAAUGAAGAGCUUCCUCAGUGCCCUGAUCCCAGCAUCACAGAUAUUGUGCCACGGUACGGGCCAAUGAAUGGCAGUAUCUUGGUCACUAUUAAGGGUUCCAACCUGGGCAUUAAAAAGGAGGACAUUAAGAGAAUCACAGUAGCUGGAAUGCCUUGUGUACAUAAAGCAGAAAAAUACUCUGUGUCUACCAGUGUUGUGUGUGAGAUCGGGCCGUGGACUAGGCCUCCUGGGGAUGCGCUCAUUCAUAGCACUGAGGGUCCGGUAGUGGUGGAAUUGGAAGGUUCCAGGAGAGGAGACUCAAAAUUUUACUUCCAAUACAGGGACCCGAUUCCUGAAAAAGUGCACCCCAUUAGAGGACCUGCUCAAGGAGGCACAGUAAUCACAAUCACAGGACAAUACCUGGACACUGCCAGUAAAGAAGACAUUAGUGUCCAAGUGGCAGGAGUGCCCUGUGAAGUGCUGACCUUUGGUACCACAAUCACCUGUAAAACUGGUCCAUAUAAUAAGGUUGCUGAUUCUGUGAAGGUCACAGUUAAAUACGGCAGUAAAACCUCUAAAGACGUGACGGAAACCUUCAGCUACGCCCCCAACCCAGAGAUCAUAGCCUACGUCCCUCAAUCCAGCUUUAUGUGCGGCGGCCGGAGGAUCGCAGUCCAUGGUACCGGGUUUGACCUGGUUCAGAGUGCAGUCAUGCGAGUGCUGCCCUCUACUGACGAGUUCAACAAGCAGUCCAGCAAUGCAGAGUUUGUGCAGGUGGCUUUUAGUAAAAACGAUACAGUGCUGGUGUUCCUCUCUCCUGUGGUGAAUAUGACGGACCAUAAUCGUUCCUUUAAGACAGUCGUUCAGCUGGACAACAUCAAGAAGAACCUGACUGAUUUUGAGUACCAUCCAGAUCCUUUCUUCUCAAAUCUGACCAGCCCGAUGUCCAUCAGUGCAAGCAGCAUCAUCAUUGUCCAUGGUCGAGGUCUCUCUAAAGCCAUGACAGCAGAAGAGGCACAAGCGUUUGUUGGAGAUGCACCGUGUACAGUAAACUCCCUUCAUGAUGACAAGCUGAUCCUGCAGGCCCCCUCCACCCCCCCUAGAUCACGAUCCAGACGCCAGCGCAGGGACACCAGCUCAGAGACCAUGGAGCUAGUGGUGAAGUUUGGUCAUGGAGAGUGGAAUGUGGGAUCUGUUCAGUAUGAGAAGAAGAAUGAGGUUCCUCUCUUCAUCAUCAUCCCUGCAGUUCUCCUCCCCAUGCUGUUCUUCAUCGCUGUGUCUGUCUACUGCUACAGGAGGAAGAGUCAGCAGGCGGAGAGAGAGUAUGAAAAGGUGAAGCAGCAGCUGGAGAGUCUGGAGGAGAGUGUGCGGGACCGCUGUAAAAAAGAGUUCACAGAUCUAAUGAUUGAGAUGGAAGACCACACCAGUGAUAUGAGUGAGGCUCGUAUUCCGUUCCUGGACUAUAAGACCUACACAGACAGAGUCUUCUUCCUGCCUUCUAAAGAUGGGGCCAACGAUGUCAUGAUCACAGGGAAACUGGAUAUUCCUGAGAACCGCAGGGCCAUUGUGGACCAGGCCCUCAACCAGUUCUCCAAUCUGCUCAACAGCAAGACGUUUCUUAUCAAUUUCAUUCGUACUCUGGAGAGCCAGCAGGAGUUCAAUGCCAGAAGUAAGGUGUACUUUGCUUCACUGCUGACGGUGGCUCUGCAUGGAAAGCUGGAGUACUACACAGACAUCAUGAGAACCCUGCUGCUGGAGCUGAUGGAGGAGUACAUCCACAGCAAGAACCCCAAACUGAUGCUCCGCAGGUCAGAGACAGUAGUGGAGAGGAUGCUUUGUAACUGGAUGUCUAUAUGCCUCUACCAGUUCCUCAAGGACUCAGCAGGUGAACCACUCUACAAGCUUUUUAAAGCUAUUAAGCACCAGGUGGAGAAAGGACCAGUGGAUGCUAAGAUGAAGAAGGCAAAGUAUACCCUGAAUGACACAGGCCUGCUGGGGGAUGAUGUGGAGUAUUUUGUCCUGACGCUGCAGGUGCUGGUUCAUGGAGAGGGUCCUGAUGUGACUCCAGUGAAGGUGCUGAACUGUGACACCAUCUCCCAGGUGAAGGAGAAAAUAAUUGAGCAGGUUUACAGGAACCUUCCCUACUCUCAGAGACCCACAGUGGACAGUGUUGCACUAGAAUGGCGUCCUGGUUCAACAGGGCAGAUUUUGUCUGACCUGGACCUGACAUCACAAAAGGAGGGCAGGUGGAAACGUCUCAACACUUUAGCACAUUACAACGUGAGAGACAACGCCACUCUAGUCUUGUCCAGAGUUCUGCAUACGCAGCAGUCUUUCGACCAGAACCAAGACAGCCAUGAAGAGAGGAGCGCUCUGCUGGAGGAUGAUAAAGUGUUCCAUCUGGUGAGGCCAGCAGAUGAGCUGGACGAUGUGAAGUCCAAAAGAGGCAGCAUGAAGGACAAAGCCACCACUAAAGCUAUCACUGAGAUCUAUCUGACCAGGCUGCUCUCCAUGAAGGGCACGCUGCAGCAGUUUGUGGAUGAUUUCUUCCGCAGUGUUUUGUGUACAGGUACUGUGGUUCCUCCAGCCGUAAAAUACUUCUUCGAUUUCCUGGACGAGCAAGCGCACAAACACGAGAAUGUAGAUGAAGAGACCAUCCACAUAUGGAAGACCAACAGUCUGCCUCUGCGGUUCUGGGUGAACAUUCUGAAGAACCCUCACUUCAUAUUUGACGUUCAUGUGACUGAGGUAGUGGAUGCCUCGCUGUCCGUCAUUGCCCAGACCUUCAUGGAUGCCUGCACCAAGACUGAGCACAAACUGACCCGGGAGUCCCCAAGUAAUAAGCUCCUCUAUGCAAAGGAGAUAUCCACGUAUAAGAAGAUGGUUGAUGAUUAUUACAAGGGCAUUCGUCAGAUGGUGUCAGUCAGUGACCAGGACAUGAAUACACACCUGGCGGAGGUUUCACGGUCUCACACAGAGAAGUUGAACACCCAGGUCGCAUUGCACCAGCUUUAUCAGUAUGCCAGCAAGUACUAUGAUGGAAUCAUCUCGUCACUGGAGGAAGAUCCUGCGGCUCAGAGUAAGCAGCUGACUCUCCGACUGCAGCAGAUUGCAGCAGCGCUGGAGAACAAAGUCACGGAUCUUUAGUGCAGAGCCUCAAAGGCUGGGUGGAGCCCCUCGCACUUCAGCCCAGGACAAACCCACCCUCCCCUCCUCUUCCCUCCCCCCUUCAGGACUCCAAAACUGAGCUGAAAGUUCGAUAUGAUAUGGAGCCUCCCUUUCUGAUGAAAGCUGCAAUCUUGUACCAUGUUAAUACACGUUAUUACAUUUUUAAUUCAUAUCUCUACAGCGCGUUUCUACACGUCUUUUGUUCUGAGUACUCAGUUCGGACUGAACGAGCUAAAAAAUGAAAGGACUACGGAUGGCUCUGAAGUCUCGUUACGGUACUCGGCCGAUCUUUUCCGGCCACAAGGAAUUUCAGUGUCGGUUUUGCAGUUCCCCUAGUAAUUAAUGUCUAUUCUUCCUGUGUGAAUGGAAUCAGAUAGUAUUAUAUGUAUAUAUAUUUUUACACGCGUAAAAAAAAUAUAUAUAUAAAUUUUAUUGUUUAGUUGACGACCACUGCAUCUUUUUACAGCAAAUAACUGUGGAGCAACGUCUGUCACAUUCCUUCUUGAGGUCACUUCAUGUGGAAUUUAUGUUGCCUUGGGUGUCUUAUGGGUGUAAAUGCAGUACGACUGUAUGCAUAAUCAUGCCUUUAAAGAAGAUGUUGCUUUUAUUUUCCUUCUGUUCUGUGUUGGUGAUUUUCGCAUGACCAGAUGCUUUGUCCAAUCCUUUUUGCCGCUGCUAGAUUAUGUUAAGAGAAGAUGUAUAUGAGGAGAGUUGUUGGCCAGGAGAGGGUAGGAAUCUCUCCACUGCUUUGGUUAAAGGUACCACAAGUCUCAUACUGUUCAUGUCACCCAAAGUAAACUCCCAGAACAUUCCAUACCUGCCACAAUAUUGCGUUAUUUAAGAAUAUUCUUUGCAUUCCACAUCCAUCCAUCAUCACAGGUUAUUAGUCCAGGUCCAUUUGUCCACCAUUUAAAAGUCUGAUGUGUCGUUUUUUAGCAAGCAUUUUUUUUGUUUUAGCUGUUUUUAACGCCUUUACUUUUUUGUAAUCAUGAACUGCAGCACACAGGACUUUGCGUACAUUUGUUUUAUUUUUUUGGAACAUUAAACUUUUUUAAUUCUUUGUUACAACCGCCGUAAGAUCUGCUCAACUAGGAGGAGCGCCUUGUCAUCCUAAACAUCGACAAAGAGAUUUUACACAUUUUGACCUUUUGAUUGUGUCGAAGCUCGAAUGUUGCUAUUUCUCUCACCAUCUGCUCUUCUAGCCUCUUGAAAAGCGGUUGAUUACAAAUAGCUCUGAUUGCAAGGCAUGACUGGCUGUAAUUUGGAAGGACAAAGAAUAAGUCAGUGAUUAAAUACAUAAAAGGACUUAAUUCAGCUGAACAAGGCCUUCUAAUCUUUCACUUGUUAAAAAAAAAACUGUGCAAUUCUUAGAACUGUCACUGUGGAGUUUUAUGUUGAUUUUAGAGCUUACCAAAGUUUAGUACUGUUCUGAACUGUCUGUGUUUAAUCAUUAUUUUCCCUUUAAACUUU